AUGGAUUCAACAAAUGUAUAUGAUAUAUCGAUUGAUCACCCAUCGGAUUCUUCUGCUUAGAAAGAUCAUGGAAUAUCUUAAACUCUUUAAGAUUAAUACGAUUUUGAAAAUCUAAACUAAGAAUUUUAAAACCUUGAGAUUGUUUUAGAUAUUAAUGAUGUUUUAAAUUAAGUUUGGAACUUAAAAAUGGCUGAAAAAUAUGAGAAUACCCUUUAAAAUCAUAGAGAUUAUAAAAUAAUCAUCAACAAAUUGCUUGAAUAUUUUAAGAACAAUAUUGAAAAAGCCAAAAUAUAUAUGUAUUUACCAAUGGAUAAACAGACUAAAUAUACUGAAGAAAUUGCAGAAUUCUUUUACUAUUUAUUAAUGAAGGAUGUUAAAAGAAUUUAGGCAAAACAUAUUAUCAAAUACAUUGAAUUUUAUAGCCAAAAACCCUUCAAAAUUGAAGCUUUUAAAAUAUUUGCUGAUAAAUGUAAUAUAAGUCUUACAGGAUACAAUUUGAAUGAAUAUAGAAAGAAAAAUGAAAAAACUAGAAAAAAUUUAGUAAACUAUAAUUAAAGAGAUAUGUAACUAUUUUAAAGAAAUACUAUAAAAUUACUUGACAUUUUAUAUAAAAAUUAAUAUAUAGAACUUGCAAUUGCUAUUGAUUUAUUAAUGAUAGGAGAUUUUGCUAUUGAUGAAGUUGUUAAUGCAAAAGGUUAUCAAGUUUAAAAAACUAAUAAUUCAUACAUAUUUAGAAUAUAUUAAUAAACUUUCCUCAAUAUGAGAAAAUCUCUCUAGUUAAAUAUUAAUUGGUUUCAUAAAAGAACUUAAUUAUAAUUAGACACUUUCCUUGGUUAAAAUGUAUACCUAGUAUCAUUGCCAGAAAGUGCAGACAGGAGAUCCAAGUUGACUUAAAGAUUAAGAUUAGCAAAAAAAUAAAUUAGAGGAAAAGGGUAUUUUUAAAAUAAAAAAGAAGAAUCAUUUUUCUUUUCUUAUCUUAAGAGCCUUAAAGUAGAUCAGAUCAAAUAGUUUUUUAAAGGAUAUAAUCCUGAAUGA